AUGCAGCAUGUGUCCGAAGACAUACAUUCUGCCCAGAGACGCCAGUCCAGCGACAUAUUACGUUAUGCGACCUUGACCUCUACGAGAGUGGGGAGAAAGAAGUCCUUUCUCUCGACAGUGUCAGCGCUGUCUACACGGUCGACGGCGACACAGUCUUUUUUUACUUUGGAGCUGUUUGAGCACGAAACUCUUGGAAGUGGCAACCCAGUUCCGUUGGCCGCCUACGCCGCUUCAUCAGUUCAGACAUCGAUGAUUGGCAGGACGCCCAAGAAGCGCACUCACAGUUUGGCUGGCAAGCUCGGGAUGAGGGCAACCUCGCAGAUGCUCGGUCGCGGUUGCGACAACCCGGCGGACCCAGACGCGCUGACCAGCAUCACUUGCGACCCAUCGGGCAUCACUGUGGACCAGACUGGGCGAUGCUUCAUGGUCGAGCUGUGCAGCGCGAGCGAGUUCUCCAUCGGGUUUUGGGUGCUGUCGGAUCAGCCUCUGGGGUACGUCCAUGCUUUCGGACGCAACUUUGCCCUGGCUGGGAAGUCGACGUUCUUUGCCGACGAGGACAGCCACGCCUGCACGCCCGCCCCGACGCCCUCUCCGACGCCUGCCUCGACACCCUCCGCGACGCCUGCUCCCACGGUGCCCCCUACCCCCGGCGCCGACGGCAGUUCGGGUGAUCCACACCUGGUCCACGUGCACGGGCAGCGCUGCGACGUGGUGAGGCCCGGCACCCACGUCCUCCUCCACGUGCCCUGGCAGGAGGCGGACCGGUCGCGCGUGCUCCUACGCGUCGAGGUCGAGGCCCAGCGGCUCGGCGACGCUUGUGCGGACACGUACCACACGGCCGUCAACAUCGCCGGGCGGUGGCGGUGGGCGGAGUCCGAGGCUGGGGCGCGCGGGCUGGGCGAGGGUCGGGGCCUCGUGCUCCAGGCGGGCGGCGGCGCCGCCGCGGCCGCCCGCCCGGGCGCGGCGUGGAUGUCCUUCCGGAGGGUGUCGCUGAAGGUUCGGCUGCACGUGAGAGAGGUCCCCUCGCCGGAGUGA